AUGGGUUCGGAGUUGAUAUUCAGAGGGCACGAGUCACCGACGGUGACGGAGGCGUACUCACCGAAGCCGCCGAAGCCAUGGCUGAGUGUGAUUCGUCCGGUUCGGUACAUGCUCCGCGAGCAGCGACUCGUAUUUGUUUUCGUUGGUAUUGCUAUAGCCACCCUCGUCUUCGGCUUCCUGCCAUCCUCCCACACCCCGGCUUCCGUCUCCAACUCAGUUUUCUCCUCCGAGUUGACUCACCCUCACAGACUCAUCUACCAGAAUGGCCACGCCACCGGGUUCGGAAUCGGGUCGUCCGUCAAUUCAGGGGGAAAAAUACCUCUAGGCCUGAAAAGGAAGGGUUUGAGAAUCGUGGUGACCGGUGGGGCCGGGUUUGUUGGAAGUCAUUUGGUUGACCGUCUGAUUAGCAGAGGCGACAGCGUGAUCGUGGUUGAUAAUUUCUUCACCGGAAGGAAAGAGAAUGUCAUGCACCAUUUUGGAAACCCUAGGUUCGAACUCAUUCGACACGACGUCGUUGAGCCACUUCUAUUGGAGGUCGAUCAGAUCUAUCACCUCGCUUGCCCUGCUUCUCCUGUUCAUUACAAACACAACCCUGUCAAGACUAUCAUAUCCUUCACUCCGAUUAUUAAUUUCCCAAAUUUACCUCAAUUUUUCUUUAUAAUUUCACGGACAUUGAACAUGCUGGGUUUGGCAAAGAGAGUGGGUGCGCGGUUCUUGCUAACGAGCACCAGUGAAGUGUACGGCGAUCCACUGCAACACCCACAAGUCGAAACUUACUGGGGCAACGUCAAUCCCAUUGGUGUUCGAAGCUGCUACGAUGAGGGGAAACGAACUGCUGAAACGUUGACUAUGGACUACCACAGAGGUGCUGGCGUUCAGGUGAGAAUUGCUAGGAUCUUUAACACCUAUGGACCGCGUAUGUGCAUUGAUGAUGGCCGUGUUGUUAGUAACUUUGUUGCCCAGGCUUUGAGAAAGGAACCACUGACAGUUUAUGGUGAUGGGAAGCAGACAAGAAGUUUUCAAUAUGUCUCUGAUUUGGUUGAGGGCCUGAUGCGGUUGAUGGAAGGAGAACAUGUAGGACCUUUCAAUCUUGGAAACCCUGGUGAAUUCACUAUGCUUGAACUUGCACAGGUGGUUCAGGAAACCAUUGAUGCGAAUGCAAAGAUAGAAUUCAGGCCCAACACGGAGGAUGAUCCUCACAAGAGGAAGCCAGACAUCUCGAAGGCCAAGGAGUUUCUCGGUUGGGAACCAAAAGUACCUCUACGGAAGGGUCUUCCGAUGAUGGUUUCCGACUUCCGGCAACGAAUCUUCGGUGAUCACAAGGAAAAUGCUGCCUCGGCAUAA